UACGAACGCCUCUUCCUUUUCAGUACUCGUCAAAGGUGGACGUAGCAUAGUGACGCAGUGGUUUUAGUCCUUAGUUUUUAUAAAAAUGGCUGCAAAUCAAGACUGCAACAUGGAGAAUGGGGAAGACUUUUCACAAGACAUUACCACCGAUCAAAAUAACUUCCAACAAGAUCAAGUGAAUGGCCAAAAUGGUUCAGGAGACGCUCCACCGGCUGAUAGCGGUAGUGCUGACGCUCCCGGUCGUGAUGACGAUAGAAAACUAUUUGUUGGCGGUUUAAGUUGGGAAACGUCAGAUAAGGAACUCCGCGAGCACUUCGGACAAUAUGGCGAAAUUGAAAGUAUUAACGUCAAGACAGAUCCUAACACUGGAAGAUCGAGGGGUUUCGCUUUCAUUGUAUACAAAAAUGCAGACUCAAUCGAUAAAGUAGCCAAUGCCGGUGAUCACGUUAUCAACAACAAAAAAGUAGACCCUAAGAAAGCAAAAGCGAGGCAUGGAAAAAUAUUCGUGGGAGGUUUAACUUCUGAACUUAGUGACGACGAUAUCAAGAAUUAUUUCGCACAAUACGGAACUAUUGUGGAAGUGGAGAUGCCUUUUGACAAGCAGAAGAACCAGAGGAAGGGAUUCUGUUUCAUUACCUUCGAUUCCGAGCAGGUUGUUAACGAGCUCCUGAAAACGCCAAAACAGACCAUCAAAGACAAAGAAGUGGAUGUAAAGAAGGCUACCCCCAAGCUUGAUGGCAUGGGUAAUGUGCGAGGUGGUGGUAGGAUGAUGGGUCGAGGUGGCGCUGGUGGUCGUGGUAGAGGACGAGGGAACUACGGCAACCAAAACUGGAACCAAAGCUACGGACCAUACAGUGGGUACAACCAAGGUUAUAGCGGUGGCUACGAUGGCUAUGGAGGCUACGACUACUACGGUGGUGGCUACGGAGGCUAUGGUGGAUACGACUAUUCCAGCUACGGCAACUACGGAGACUACGGUGGAUAUGGUAAUAACUAUGAGGGAGGAUAUGGUGGUGGCGGUGGAAGAGGCGGUAGAGGAAAAGGUGGAUCCGGCGGAUACCAGGGUGGAAAACAGAGGGGCGGUGGCGGCGGCGGCGGUAGAAACCAAAGGCACCAACCUUACUAAGUCGCUAGAUGAACCUUGUGAUCUGUUUGAUAAGUUUUCCAUGUACUGAGAGAAUCAGCCGGUCGAGGUGUGCGUGCGUUUGCCAGUUUUGUUCUUUUUCCUUUUUUUCUAAUUUCGUCCGAACGGUUGGAAAAAUCGAGACUGGAUACCAAAUUGGCAAACUUUCAAGUAUAUAGGAAAAAAUUUGAUUUUUCUACUGUUUAAUAAAUGUACAAUUUUAUUUUUUGAUAUUACAUAAAUAAUUCAGAACUAUUUAUAAAGAUUACUUGAAAGCAAUUUUUCCACUUUCCCCUGUAUUGUAGUUACGAUUUUAUUUAAAUAGUUAUUGUAAUUAAAAUGAAUAGUGUAAGUAUAUGUGUUUUUUGAGUGCAUGAGAGUGCAGAAGGGAACUUCUGUUUGUAUGAUUAAUAAAAUUUGACAAGUCAUCGUCUUACCUCAUUUGGUCAGGAA